UAACUCUUUUAAUUGCAGUUGAAAUAUGUCCUGGACAAAAGCCUUCCAGCAGCAGAAUUGAUUGUUAAAGAUGACAAUAUCUGUCUUACACGUGAGGACUUGUGGAGUCUUGGGUUAAAUCAGUGCAUGGAGUCUACUGUAAGUAUAUUCAUGUUGCAGCAUGCUUGCUCAAAGGCACAGAAAUAGUUUUUUUUUGUGUGUAAUUUAUGCCUUUAUUUUGUUUUAUUACGUCUAGAUUGGGAAUGCAUGUUUUAAGAUCAUCAGAGAAGCUGCUCAAAAACAUGGGAAAGAUGUUUACAUUGCUGACAUGUAUGUGGUUCCCACAUGGAAAACGAUGAAUGUGGACCCACUCUCAAGUUUACCGAACAAUCUGUGUUCCAAGGAUGCGAUUUUGUUCCCUGCAUGGAGUAUGCAACAGAAUCAACUGGAUCACUAUUUGCUGUGUUUUACUGGUUGUGGAGAGAGAGAUCAUUUUUCUAGAUUCUGUACUCCCUGGUGGUUUUGGAGAUGACUCGUACAAAACGAUAUUUAGACAUAUUGCAGGCCAGAUUGACCCAAGACCCUGGACAGAGAAGACCGGCAGAAGUUUUGAUCACUUCCCUCAACAAACUUCUGGGAACUACUGUGGCAUCCUUAUACUCAUUUAUGCCCUCUGUAUCUGCACCAAUACCCCAUUUAUCUUCACAGAGAAUGAUGUGCCAUUAAUCCGCCAGUGGUGGUGCAUCCUACUGAUGGAAAGAUUUCAGAUUGAAGGACAUGGCCAGAGGUUUGCUUUCUGGACUGACAAGGCUAGCAGGCUAUUGCAAGGGACCCUUCAGCCACUUUUUAGGGUAUCUAGGUCAAUCACUUCAGACAUUCCACCUCAUGUGCAAACCAUGGUCAACCGCACAGCCCAAGAAAAGAAGCUGGUAGACUUUGCUGUACAAGACCAUGGAGUCCGGCAACAUUUGUUGGUAUGUUUGUCACACAUUAACAAUGUUUGUUAUUUACAAUUUGCACAUUGUUUUACCAUUACAGUGUUAUAAGCAAAUAAGCAAAAGGCCUUAUAAUUCAUGCUUGUUGUCACCAUGUGUUGGGGGACUUUUUUUUUUUUUUUUUUUUUAAUGUGGAUUUACAGUCCAAAACUUUUAACAUAAACUACUUUUGACAUUCAACUAGAAAUGUUAAAUGUUUGCUCAUGUUUUGAUGAAGUGCUUUUGGCACUUUGCCUUUUGACCUAAGGGUGUACUCUGUGGAAAAGAGCCUUCGAAGUGGCUCAGCAGAAUCCAGAAGGGAUCAUCUCUACGGGUGCCAGUGUACCUGGACUCGGAGGAAGAACAGGACUCCCUAUUUUUCUAUCUUCAGGAUGUCCUGAAAUCUGCACCAGUAGAAUUCCACAUUGAGGAUCAAGUGCAGUUCAUUUUGGAUGUUUUGUUCCCAGAGGUAAGGUUACUAGGUAUGCAGUAAAUAUCUAUUAACAAUGUUAAAUAGCCUGUUGUGACUUAAGUUACAUAAAAAUUUUAAUCAAAUGUAUCUUUUUUUAAAAUCCAAUAGAGUAGUACUGUGAGACCAUGAUAACCACAAUACAUUUUCUCAGACAGUUAUUGGGUCAUUUUCAGCAGUGACACUAACGCUAAUGCUGGAGUUUUUAAACACCUCAGUUUCACUUGCUUGACCUGAAUAGUCCACCGGCGGUGGACAUCCAGUGAGCAUUGAUGAAGGACUAGAGUAUUGA